CAAACUUAAACUUAGUGCCUUUUGUCAUACAUUAGCGAUACCGAGGUAUCCUAAUUCUCUGUUGAGUGAAGCGUUUGAUUGUCUUCAAACAAGCGAUUGAAAGGGGGAAGACUGCGGAAGUCAAAAGAGGUACGUUUUAUGGCUGCCUCAGGAACCACAGAAAGACACCCCAACUCAGCUAUGAUCAAGCUGGGCAAAAUCCUAGGAAUUUCCAAUAACAAGAACGCAUCAGGCACAGAGAAAACUUCACCUGCUACUAGCUCAAACGCGUCCCUGAGCUCUAGUCCCUCAUCCCCCACGUUGCAGGCGAAGAAUACUUCAGAUUUGAACUACAAAGAGGCCAAGCUGCAUUCAAAUUCGACGUCCUCUUUGGUAAGCUCCAAUAUAGGCAAUGGCGCACGCAAAGCCAGAAGCCCUGGCCAGAGCUCGUUGCAAGGUCCGGGAAACAUUGCCCCAAUCAGCCUAAAUUCGGGCGAUGCUGCCUCUUUGUCACGGUCUGGGUCGAUGGCGUCCAAAAAUCCACAGGUAGCUCGUUUCCUGAUGCGUGAAGACGGAACGCACGAGCAUCAUCUUCGAAACACCAAGAGACAGGAAAAACUGGGCCAGAUGGUGAAGGAUUGGCUAGGAGCCAAGAAAUUGAGAAAUUCAGCCGUUUCAGCCAUUCCUAAUAUUUUGUCCUCCACGAAUUUGGCUGCGCUCGACAACGAGGCCAAGGCCCGGGUGGACGCUGCAACAAGUAAGAAUCUUCCUCCAACUUUGCUGUCUGGUCUUUUGAACCAGGUGAAACGAGGCGAUAUUACCCAAUUCUCUGGGCCUGAGAACGCCAUCCAGCAGCCUAGCACUGCCAUGAGUGUGAAUAUGAAACCGGAAGCGGCGGACAAUCGUCUGUUUGUGGAAAAAUACGGCGAGUGCCAGGAAGUCAUUGGUCGUGGUGCGUUUGGAGUGGUGCGUGUGGCCCACAAAAAGGUGACCAAGGAUGGAUCUGACGGAAGUACAGAAAUCCUCUACGCUGUCAAGGAAUUCAGAAGACGUCCCAACGAAAGUGACAAGCGCUACUCCAAACGACUGACGAGCGAGUUCUGUAUAUCGUCGUCGUUGAAGCACCUGAACAUCAUAUCUACCAUCGAUCUGUUGAAAGAUGCAAAGAGCGAUUAUUGUGAGGUUAUGGAGUACUGUUCAGGAGGCGAUCUGUACUCCCUGAUUGUGACAGCAGGAAGGCUGGAAUAUACAGAGGCAGAUUGCUUCUUCAAACAGUUGGUUAGGGGCCUCAACUACAUGCACAAGAUGGGCGUUGCUCACCGGGAUCUGAAACCAGAAAACCUACUGCUGACAUCAGAAGGAACGCUGAAAAUCACCGAUUUCGGUAACGCCGAGUGCUUCAAAAUGGCGUGGGAGGACGAAGUGCAACUGAGUCACGGAAUCUGCGGUUCUUCGCCGUAUAUUGCACCCGAGGAGUACACUCAGAAGGAGUUUGACCCGAGACCCAUAGAUGUCUGGGCGUGCGGUGUGAUAUACAUGGCCAUGCGCACCGGUCGGCAACUUUGGAAGCUCGCCAACGUAGAGGACGAGUUCUUCACCACAUAUCUGCAGAAACGGAAGGACGCCAAAGGCUACGAACCUAUAGAGGGUCUCAAGCGUGCGAGAUGCAGGAACGUUAUAUACUCUGUGCUGGAUCCCAUCCCGCAGAGAAGGAUCACGUGUGCCCAGAUACUGAAUAGCGAGUGGGUACGAGAGAUCAAAGUUUGCAAGGCUGGCGACUGCGGAAAAAGAGUCGAGUAGAGUGUUGCAUAUAGAAUUAACGAGUUACGAG